AUGAAGGGCUUCAUUGCGGGAAUCCCCAUCGCCUUGCUGGCGGUGGCAGCACAGGCUAUGGAGCAGGGCGCGACCGUAUCCGAUGCCACUGGCGCGGUUACUCAGCGUGGUUCAAACCCCCAGUAUGGCAACACAGUCAUCGGAGGACCUACCGGCAACGACGAGGGACAGGUCUUUGACAUGUCCAUGAUCGCCAACAUUCAGACCGACAUUGAUGAGUACGCCCAAGACGACCACUCCAUCAACAUCAAGGAGACCCAAAUUGGCGCUCCUCCCGCCUUCCACCCAUCUGGCCCCCACGGUGGCAUGCGCAACCCAUUUGAAAAGCGUGGAGAGAAGAAAGUGGGUGGCACCGUCAUCGGUGGCCCCAGCAGCGACGAUGAGCCUUUUGUCCACGGAGCUACUGUGAUCGGUGGUCCCACUGGCAAUGAUCCCGGCCAGACGUUCUCUGCCCCUGUCAGUGUCAAUGUGGCCACUUCAGUCAAGGAACACUACGUGGACGACCACUCCAUUGACGUGGACGAGAAGAACAUCUACCUUCCUCCCCACUUCCCAUCGCACGGUGGCCAUGGCCCUGCCUUCGCCCAUGGUGGUCCAUCCCGUCGUGCCUACUCCCCGGAUCGUGAUGUCGAUGACAGCACCGUGAUGGGUGGCCCGACCGGUAACGACGAGGGCAGCAGCUUCUUCCACCCGACCUCGGUUGGAGUGGACUCCAACGUUGAUGAGAACCACCAGGAUGAUCACUCUGUCGACAUCGACUCGACAACGGUCCACGCCCCUCAGGAGGACGUUCCUCAAAUGCCGUGGAUGCCCUACAAGGACAACACGCCUGUCAGCCACCCCGGUCCUAUUCCCGCGGGUCACAGCUCUGACGAUGUGUCGGCACAGGAGCCAGAGUACCCAUCUUCUGCUGAUCCCACCGAGCACACCCCGCAGGGCGUCGAUGCUGCGGAGUGCAGCGCUCAGACACACGAGGUUGUUCACACAGUGACCAUGACCGAGUACAAAGAGGUUCAAUCCACGGUGACUGUCUAUGCCACUCCUGUCGAGUCUCACAUGAUGCAGACUUCCAGCUGGGUGCCCUCGCCUUCCUAUAUGCCCAAUGACUCCGACGUCGAGGACAAGAGCUGGUCUCCCAGCUCUGCCCCUUCCUCCAGCUAUGACUAUACCUAUGACUACCCCACCCAGACUCCCCAGAGCUCCGUUGCCAGCUACUCCGUGAUCCCCGUCCAUGUCCCUCUCGCCUCGUCGCACGGCAUGAUGGCCGCUGCUACCCCCUCUGGCAGCUACGCCAUGCCCAGCGGUGCUGAUGGCUUGCGUCACCCUUCAGGGACUCCCUCCGGCUCUGUCACCCCUUCGGCUUACAUGUUCGAAGGUAGCGCUGGCCGUGUCUCUGGCGGCUUUGUCUCUGUCGCCGCUGCCUUUGUUGGUGUCCUCGCCUUUGUGCUGUAA